CGUCAAGGAUUCCCAGCACGUAGCGUUGGUCUUUGAACUUUCUUGACCCAAAAAUAACUUGAGGUGACAAAUAGUGUUAUCUUUGGGCCUCCUAAGCCUUCGGAUGGUCACAGAUUGAUCAAAGUCGACUAGAACCGAAACUUGAAACCUUAUGCGCCACACGCUUGGCGCGCUUCAGAAAAGGAUUCAGUGGUUAAACACUGAUCUCGACUUAAAAUUGUUCUUAUUUGAACUGUGAUCGAACGGAUCAUUUUUUCUGUGCUUCUAACGAAUAUUUUGCAAGCCAAAAAGCUUUCGAAACUUCAAGGCGGGAGAUUGUUGUUUUACAAGGGAUUAUGUCGGCGAAAUUUUUAGCAAGGGUCCCGAUCUUAUGGUUAAGUGGUUGAACGAUGGAGGUAAACAGCGAUGGAAGCGAUGAAGAACAGAUAUUUUACGAUACGGUUAGAGAAUAUGUGGUUAGUAUUGAUCGAUUCUUUUCAUUAAUUUAGUUAUUCAUAUAAAUUACUUAAACAUACAAGCUCUGAAUUUAUAAGGACAUGAUACUUAAUUGCGGUUGAAAGUCACUCCGAUAAAACUGUUAGGGGCACAACUCAUACCAAAAAUACUGAGUCGUUAUGUUGACUAACCCCACAUAGAUUGCAAACCUGGUUUUAAUACUUUUGUAAUUUUGUGAAGAUCUCUUGUAAUUUAGAAGCAUGAUACUUAGUCAGCCACAGAUAUUGCCAAUAAAAUGUUUAACAUGAGAUUAUUGAAAUAUUGUUGCCUUAAUGAUCACCAAGUUUAUUUUACUUUUGUUAUAGAUAUCUUUGCUUGUGUUUAUCAUCUUGUAUGGAAUUUCUCAUGCCAUCCUAAGCACCUACAAAAGAAGAAGAGAUGAACUUGAUUCAGGUUAGAAAGAUAAUGUAUAUAUUCCAAUUAACACUUCUUUUCUCUCCUUGAUAUCCACACUGAAAGUCACUUUUCAUCUCUACUAGCUCCAGGGAUAUAUUGAGAUUUCCUAAUUAUUGCAGUUUGGUUACCAUUUUGAAACAGCUCAGUAACCUGAUGACACAAACAGGAUUAAUGGGAAGAGAACAGUGUGGGCAGAAUUAGUUCAAAUGUUGUGAUGUAUAAGAUAAAAAAAGUUGCUAAUUGGUUAUCUGCUUCUCUAUUUUCAUUUCACAUGUACACUAGUUUGAAAUGUCCUGUAGGUCAAGUCUGUUAUGUCAUCGGAAAGUAUCAGGUUGCUGAGCAAGAUUCAAAAUUGUGGCAGGGUGGUCUCAUUUUUUCACAUUUUGAAAACUUAGGAUGUAGUUUUGAAACUAAAAAAAUGCAGUUUUUGUCAUUAUUUAUACUUUUUAAUGGUUAAGAUUAAAAAAGUUUAUGGAUUUUUGGAGCAUGUUUCUUUAACCUGUUUACUUCCAAGAUCUGGUUGUUAAUUUGCCUCUCUAGCUGCCACACAUUUUCUUUUUAAUUAGUUACCGAAAUUGGUGUUAGAUCAAGGUAACAACUUUUACCUGAUAAAUAUGAGUAUUCUCAUUACCUGUAUGCUUGGAUAGUGUGUGGUUAUUAAAGGGAGAAGUUACAAGGUGAUAAUUUCUGAUAGUUUUAAGGUUACCUCUUCAAUUGUUAAGAGUAACAAGGAUGUAUUGAGUCAUAGUAUUUUAGCUCAUUGUCACUUUGGUAGGUAAUGAGAAUUUAAAAAAAACAAUUCUGUGUAAACUGGGAGACACAAGAAUAAGCACCAAAUUCUCAGAGGAGGUGACAAAGAAAUGCAUGGCUAAUUAGUUAGAUUUCACAUUUUGGUAGUUGAUGGGCUGAACUGGAAUACCGUGUAGUGACUGUUAACAAUACUUUUGUUGCAAACAUCUUGAUGAUUUGAAAUCAUCACAGUCUAAUUAUCUUUAAUUGUGAGAUCCCCUCAGGGAACAAUUUCUGAAGUCCUGAAUUUUCUUUCCAUAUUUAAUUCUAUAUCAGAAGACCCUUUGGUUCAGGUGUGAAUGAAAUAGCAAUUCUAGCCCUGUAAAAUAUUUCUUCUUUUUUUUUAUGUAGAUGAUGAAGAUGCAUUUGUUUAUCGGAUAUCGUAAGUACUUUAGGGGCUGGUUGUUUAUAUGGCAGAUAAUGCUAUCCAAUAGAUAAAUUGCUACUUAGCAGAUAAGUGUCAAAAAAAUGGAUAGAGAUUUAUUCACUGGAUAGCAUUAUCCACACUUUGAAUGACCAGGGCUUGAUUUUCUUCCUGUUGUUUAACUGCUCUUAAAUUUGUUCCUAUUCAUGCUGAUUGUUAAAUCUGACUUGUGCAACUGGUUGCGUUGUAGCUUUUGGUUAUGUACGUUCACCCUCACAGUCUCCCUUGGUGCUGUCCUUCUGCUUCCAAUGUCCAUCUUCAGUAAUGAAAUUAUGAUCAUGUAUCCUAACAGUUACUACAUCAAAUGGCUCAAUGGUUCUCUUAUUCAUGGUAAGGGAAUAUAGUUACUGCACAAGGUUACUGAACCAUUUUAAAUACCAAAUCUGCAAGGAGAUUUCAUCUUAAUUUGUAUACUAGAUUUGAUUUUGAAUUCUUCCCUCAAGCUUUCAGACAUUUUCAUGUUAAUUAAUUACAAGAAUUUGGUGCUACAUGUAGAUUAAGAUAACAACCUCUACUUGACAGGUUUGAGUACUUUCAUAACCUUUUUGCUGUAUAAUAUUUAUUUAUUUGUUUAUUAACUUCGCCAUACAACAACAAUCAAAAUAAAUUUGGUAAUUUAGUGUUAACAAUUGAGUUGAAAACAUAAAUUGGCCACUGUCAGAAUUGCUCUGAUGAAGGGCUAAUGCUCGAAACAUCAGUUUUUUUACUCAUUAUGGUGGUCAAUUUACGUUUUCAACUCAGUUGUUAACACUAAAUUACCAGCUAUACUCUCCCACCGAUGCAGCACCACAGUUUCUUUAGAAACUUACCCCCUUAAUUCAUUAAUCAAAAUAAAUAGAUUACAGAAAAUGACAAAAAACGACAAAAAAUGGCAGGGACAUGGCAUCAGUGUAGCUAAUAACAGCGGGAUAUAUGGAUAUUAUAGGGAGAAGUAACUUGUUACUAACUUCUGAAAGUUAAAGGGUUAAUAAAAUGUUCCUUAGUCACAUUGUAGUAACUGAAGUAGAAUGUUUGAUUGCUGUAGGUCCUAAAACUGAGUGUUACUUAUGUACUGUUCAUACUGAUUUCCUUGAUAGUUAUGUAAAACUCAUCUCUUGUUUGACAGUUUACUAACUGUGUGUGAAACCCAGAACAUAUUUAAACUCAGUGUGGUUAACUAGCAACCUGACAGACAGUUUACCAAAAAGCAGUGCAACUUUCAAAAUCUGCAUAAGUUGUGUUGUUGCUAACCUCACUCAAAAACAGACCCAUCAGUUUAAUUAAAAAAAAAACAGACUUGAGACAGACGAAAAAACAGUCUUCACUUCAUAGUUGUUCAGAAAGUCUUCUGAAAUGACUUUUUUGCUCAGCUGGUAUAAGUAAAAUAAUUUACACAUCACCAUGGUUGUAUUUGCUCAUUGUAGUCUUCUUUUUGGCUCUAAUUUAUACAGGAAUGUGGAACCAGAUAUUUUUAGGCUCAUACAUGUCACUCUUUGUGGCUAUCCCUUUUGCCUACUUUUUCAUGGAGUCAGAGGGAUUUGCAGGAUCCAGAAAGGUAAAUUAUGUUUAGAACUGGUGUACAGUUACAGGGUAUUCUAACUUGAUUAGGAUGCUUAAUACAGUUGUAAGUGGGCUGAGUGCUAACAGUGGCAGUCUUGGUUUUUGUUCUUGGAACAGGGGGGAAGGUGGGAGUGAAGGCCUCUUUUUGAUCUGUUCAUACUGGAAACAAGCGGGUGUUGAUCUCCCACUACCCCGACCUGUUGUUCCACUUCUUGCACCUUUGAGUACUAUUUCCCUUUCUUUAUUAUAUAACACUGAAUAUUAAUGAUAAAUAUAAAAAUGUAACAAGCUGAGUGAUACAUGCAUUUUGAUUGGUUCUUAGUAAUGAUCUCUCAGAGAAAAGAUACAGGCAUGACAUAAACAUUGACAACAUUUAGCUACUUUGUUAUAUAAAACAAGAUCAUUCCAAAUUGACGUGAGUCCUCCAGCAAUUGAUCACAUUGUGGUAAGAAUAUAAAGAACACACUCAGCUUAGCUUGAUGUGCCAGUUUUUUGCUCUUACCACAUUUUUACAUUAUCCGUGAUCUGUUACUGAACAAAGGCACAGCAACAAAAACUAUUUGUAAAAUAGGUGUUUGUACUUUAGCCUAAAUUCUAAGCUCAUCUCCUUGCCUUGUUCCAGCAAAUAGACACCUGGUACUUUUUACUAGUUUGCCCUUGUGCAUAUGAGCCCCCACCUUCCAAACCCUCUUCCUUUUCCAGCUUCCCCAAUCCCUUUCAUCUUUCUCUUGCUGGAAGGAGUAAGGGGAAUUUGAUAAUAAAAGUUAGAUGUUUUCUACAUGCAAGAGCUGAUGUUUUGCAGGGCAUUAUGGCUCGAGUCUAUGAGACAUCAGUUGUUCUGAUUCUACUUGCAAUUCUGGUCACAAGCAUUGUGUGGGUGGGACUAGCAUUGAUUGAUAGAGGACGCACGACUGAUGAAGGUAAUUAUAAUGAGCUUGGGCCAGCAACCACACUUCACUAUCUGCAAAAUGCACCUGCUAUUUCAAAUACCUGUCACCGCUAGAGUCCUUGUCCUUGGAGGGGUCAUUGACCUGAAGUGUAUCACAGUUAGGUUACUCAAAAUCUUUUGACAACCCAAAUCAGGUUUCAAUUUUAUGAGGAAAAUAUAAUAUGUGACUAACAUGAAACAGGCUGUUCAUAGUUCUAUGUAUUUGACAAUGACACUUAUAAUAAUGGGAAAUCAUGGGAUGAAGUUGGGCAUGAUGUCAUCAAUUAUCAAUACUGAGGUCUGAGUGAUUUGUUGAAGCUGAAGGCUGAGGCAAUAAUGCAGACUGAGAAUUCAGUUUUUACUGUCUUUUUUUAAAACAUUUUUAAACAAUCUGCAAGAAGGAUACUUACCUCUGAGUUUGCUAAAGUUUAAAGAACACUGCAUUAUUAAAGGGCUGGGAAUCUAGGCAGACUUUGAACUAGACAUGAUUGUAAACCCAAUAUUGGCAGCAGAUAUUGGGUUAUCCUGUCAACUUCACAAGCUAUUGUAUUUUGACUGUUGCUCUCUACCAAUCAGAGUUUUCAUAGUAAGGCUAAUGUAUUUAAUAACUUGCAUGUGUUGUGUAAUACCAGAACUUAAAAGGGUUUGAACAAUUCACCAGUGAUGUUUCCUACUUUAAGUUUGAAGCAUUGGAGUGAAUGAAUGUGACCUUUGAGAAAAUUUUUUUUUUCCUUAACUUAGCCCUUUAACCCCUAAGAGUUGACUAGCAUCUAAUUUCUCCUUACAAUAUCACCACUGAAUCACACAUCAAUGUCAUGAGAUUAAAGGAAAUGAUCACCAACUAAAGAAACUCUUGAUUGUUACACAAAUUCUCCUUGUCAGCACCUUAGUAAAUGUACAGAGAACAGUAUGGAGAAUAUGAAUACUGAUGUUGGGGUGUAAAGGGUUAAACUUUUUAAUAACUGUAACAACUACUAAAAAAGUGUUAUUUGGUUUUCACAGAGGCCUGGGUUCCUGGUCUUCCAUUCAUAUAUUCAUGCAUAUCACUUCUUGGAGCCUUGAUGCUUCUGCGUAAGUACUGUAACUGUAACUGUAAAUGUACCAAUUAAAACAUUACCUUGAGAAAGUUUAGUUGGACAUGCAAGCUCAUUAUCCUACAGUUAUUUAAUCUGUGUUGUGAUAAUUAAUCCAAAGUGCUUGUCAAAAUAAAUGUUGUAUAAGUUUUUCAAGGAGCUCUGUCACUUUUCUUUGGCUAGUCUGCACACCUGUUGGAUUUGCACGGAUGUUCACUGUCCUGGGCCAAUAUGUGGUGAAACCUCAGGUAAUCUUUUUACAACAAUAGUAAUCAUUUUUCUGACAGCCUCAGAAUGAUAUCAGUAGAGAGUUACAAAGAGGUACAUUUUGUAGGUGUAUGUGUUGAUGAUCCUGUUUGAUGAUCUUGCAUCAAUAAAAUGUAGAGAAAUAUUAGUCAGAAAUGCAUGUAUCAAAUGUUUCAAAAUGAAUAAUCUCUGGCUGAAAAAAAAUGCUGCAGCUGAUCACAGAAAUUAUCUUACUCUUGGCAUAUCACAUAUGACACUGCCCCCCACAUGUUAGGGAGUAGUGUUGUUAAUGAGUGACGUAUUGAUUUCUUGAUUAAAAUUUACUGUAAUUGCAACAACCAUGAGAUUUCUUUAUGUCUCAGAAGAAGAAAUAAACUCAACAUUGAGAGGAAAUACAGUUGCUUUGAUUAUCAUCUGAAGAAAAACAGACUUAAGUAAUAUUUCUUCACAGAUAUUCUCUAAAGUAAUCUCUAAGACACAAUGUUGAUUGCUGGAAUGAACUGUACAGACUAAUCUAUUGAUAAGGCACUUUGAUUAAUAACAGCUUUUCUUUGACCUUUUUUUUUUAUUUCCUUGAUCUUUAGUUUCUUCGAGACCUGGACAAUGAAAGAAGUGCCAUAGAGUUAGAGGAGGAGAGUGUCAAAAGGAAAAUGAAUGGUAUGAAGUUUUCUCUUUGUAUUUUUAAAGAGAGUGUCAAAAGGAAAAUGAAUGGUAUGAAGUUUUCUCUUUGUAUUUUUAAAGAGAGUGUCAAAAGGAAAAUGAAUGGUAUGAAGUUUUCUCUUUGUAUUUUUAAAUACAGUUGAACCUGUUUUAAGCGGCACUGUAUUAAACAGUCACCUUGUCUUAAGUGGUUGGUUUCCAAAGUCCCAAAUUUUUUAUCCCUUAAUUUCUGUAAAUUUCACCUCCAUUAAGUGGUCAUAAUCACCCUUGACUGAGUCCCAACGGCCUGUAUGUAUCAUUCUACACCUUUAUUUAGUGAGUUGUGAUACAACUUCAAAUUCUCUUUUGUUUAAAAGGAAAUACAAGCCAAUCUGAAAGGAGAAUAUAGAAUUCUAUCAGGAGUCACUUAGGGCUUCUUUCAAUUCACUCUUUCAUUUUGUACAUGAGAAAGGUGUUAGGAAUCAUUUAUAUGGGUGUGUGUACUGCACAGGACCAACUCCCUCUUCUCUUUUGUAGAUCAAAAUAAAUAUUUUAUCAAUUGUACUGUUGUUCUCUCAUCAGUGAUUAUGGAAUUUGAGGGUUCAAUCUCUCCCAGCUAUCUGGCUUCAAUUUUUGGGUGCCCAUCACCUCAUUCUAAGGUUUUAAAGUUACUGUCAACCACUUCUUUCUGCUUUGUAUUUUUUCAGGUUAUAGCAAUGGAAUAACCAUGCACAAUGGCAUUGAUCACAAUCCAAAUAAAUUAAAACAACUGGAGGUUCAAAGACUGGAGCUUGGUCAGUAACUUCAUUUCUCUCUUUUUCUUUUGAACACAUGAGUUGGAUCAGUAACAGAUGAACUGGCAUUUUUGCUUUAAAAGUAGAUGACAGUUGUUUUAAGUCUUCAAUGAAUAAUGGUCUAAAGCUGAACUGUUGUAAUUUUAUCACCUGUUUUUCUGAUCAUCUAUUCUAGAAAGAAGCAUCAGAGCAUCAUCAUUGCAAAGAAAUUGUGUUUAUCCAAUCCUACUUCUUACUCUGCUGCUUUUAACAGUGAGUUUACAUUGCCACUAGGAUAGGAUUAAAUGGACCUGAAUGUACUGUUAGUCGAAUGAGCACUUCCGCUCACGGACUUAUAGGUAAUAACAUGAUUUCGAGUGCAAUUUGAUGUUAAUGAGCACGAGUAAAUUUUUGAAAGACAACUAAAAUCUUUGAAAAAUUUACAAGUGCUUAUUACACCAGAUUGCACGAAAAAUCAUGUUGUUACUUGCUACUAAUGUACAUGAAAAAACAUCACAGAAAGUCAAGACAGACGUAAAUUUUGGCAGCGCGCGCGCUUUUUGUAACUUGCACUCGCGUUGCAACUUUGUACUCAUUUUCAACCAAUCAGACGCGCUUAAUUUUUUCAUGUGCAUUAUUAGUAUAGGUAAUCACAUGAUUUCGAGCGCAAUUUGUGGUCUUUGAAACAAUUUACAAGUGCCAAGUGCUUAUUUAUUUCAAAUUGCACGAGAAAAAUCAUGUGAUUACGCAUUAACAAUAUACAUGAAAAAAUACGAGAUAGCCCAUCAUAGUUGUGCAGAAGCAAAGCGCUCAUCAAGCGCAAAAAUAAUUUAUUCAAACCCUGCAAGUGACAUUGUGCGUUCGGUCCAAACAGCCACGUACGAUCAAAGUAAUAAUAUACAAUGAUAUUUUCACAUCUUUAAGGCGCAAAAAAGUUAAAAGUCCGGCUAAACAGUUCAAGGAAUUGUUCAGUCUGGUUUGUUACUUCUUUGCACUAAAUUAACCCUCUUCUACAUUGAAUUACCUGAAAACUGCAUUUAUCUUAACCAGUCAGAACUGAGUAGUUUUUUCAUGUAUCUUUUUUAAAAUUUAAUAGCCAGUGAGGAUAAUUGGUACUGAAGUCAUCUGCAGGUGUUUGUAGUGUUUUUUAUGUCACGAGUUGAUCAAAGAAAAAUGUUUUAACAUCUGAUUUAACAUUUGUAAGACUUCUAACAAAUGCGGAAUAAAGACAGGGGUUUCUGUAACCUUUUCCAUGCAGCUGCGCCCGAAAAGGGGUCGUAAGGCGAAAUCAAGAUACGAGAGCCUGGUUGCAGGCUAAACAGACGAUAUUAAGAGGUCUUACAGGCUGGGGUACACCGCUGGCAACCAGCUUGUAUUGAAAAUCCUUCAAAGGGAAAAAAAUGACAUCUGUCGUAAGGAUUCCGACCUCCCGCUGCACUGACUGAGCAACAGGGAUUAAGGUUAUAUGUGACGAAUGUCCUGCAAACGUUUGAGAUCAUUAAUGAACGAAAGUCAUAACCUUUGCCAGCACAAAGAAAACAUUUAAGUUCCCUUUUGGAUCGAAUUUUAGACCCUAUGGCUUCAGUACCCAGACUAAAAGUUACAUUAAUUUUCUGUUUGUUUGUUUGUUUUUAAUCAGACCAGCUGCAUGGCCAUGGUUGCCCUGAAUGUUCUCAGCUUGCUGUUUGUUCAUGGAGCCCUGCCCAAGAAAUCCACGGUAUGAGCAUUUAGUUUUUACUUCAGUAACGUUACUUUGAGAUUUCGAAAACUUUUCUGCUAUUGGAGUCAAAUUUUGAAUUUGGGAAGCAAUUCAGAUACUUUCACAAAUGAAAGAAAUGUUGUUGGGUACGAGAGAGGGGGGGAGGGGGAGGGGGCGUGCGCAGUACAAUAACUCUGCCGGAUGGGGAAUAUGACAGUCAGUAUGUUCACCAUUCCGAGACAUGGAGACUACUCCAUUUAAAUGAGGGCCUAGAAACUAUCUGUGGCUCAACCCCACUAGAUGCAAGAAUUAAGCACUGUCUCGCAGCGCUCGUACAAUGAACAGUAUGUCUAGUGUUUUGGCACUAUGGCUGCCCUCGAAUUAUCUUUCAAGAUCAACAAGAGAGGUGACAAGCUGAUGUUAUUUUCACCGGUUACCCGGUACCCCCUGCCGUUACUCAAAUCGUCCAGGGUUGCUAUUCUCGGUGUUUUAUGUCUAUGAAUGGUACCUCUUGUCUUGUUUCUUUUUUUGCCUGAUAAUUUGAAUACUAAGGCUUGUAACUCCACUCCUUGCCUUGCUGUAUUUCUUGAUAGAAUCAUUUUAAUUUCAUGAGCGACCAACUAUUGUAACUGUACAGCGGUGUGUUUCAUGUUUCUAGGUGCUUGUGUUGGGUAAGGUAUCCUCAUCCAUGAUGGGAACAUUCGGCGCCCUUCUGGAGAUCAUUCUUAUUUUGUAUCCUUUCACUGUAGUGUUCAACUGAUCGUUUUUAUGUGUUUGCUAGUUAGUUCAUUCAUACAUUUGUAUUUUUUUCCACUUAAAUUCGUCCGCUAACAUAAGAAAAAACAUUGCACCUUAACUUUCCUCAGUUAUUUAAUGCUUGCGUCACUAGUAGGCCUGUACAGCGUUCCAUACUUUUCACGCCUGCGUCCUGCAGUACGCGAGACUACCACGACCAAGGUAAGCAAACUAGAUUAUUAAAAAAAGUUAAAUAGGAUAUCUGAACUUGAUGCGUACCUUUAGAUUGAUGGUGCUGUGUUAUUUGGGCUACACCAUGUACUCCGGUUAUUCCUCGGAGUUUUCGGUGAAAUAGACUACAGAAACUUUACGUUCUAUCAACUGCAAUGCAAUGGAGAAAUAAACCCGAGGUGAAGAGGAAUAAUAAGAUUGUGUAGCACUUUUGGCUACUGAGCCAAGCUCCGAUCACGAAUGAAAAGGUUACAGUUUGCUUGUUGAUCGGCGAACAUACGGACUUUCGCGGGAAUUUAAGGCGCCAAAUUUUCUCUACUGGCCAUGACCACCGAAAUUUUCGCAAAUUGAGCGCCCUUCAGGGCGAGUUUUCAACUUUACGCCAAGUCUCAUCUUGAAAUAGAGAGCCAGGGGCAAUUAAUCAGUUUUUGAGAUCGUUUGUUGUUCUAAUUUCAGGUGAUUGCCAACUGUAUAGUCUUAUUGAUCCUUAGUUCAGCUUUACCAGUUCUGUCCAGAACACUUGGUAAGUCAGUAAUUAAGGUCUUUUUAAAUAAUUUCAAGGCUGACCCCGAGUGCUCUAUCUUUUACUAUACAAACCUAAACCUACUUCAGCAUCUUGUAUCUGUAAAAAGGCGAAGCUGAAGGCAGCUAACUAACUUCAUGAUCCUUUCGUAAAGAUAGCAGUUUUUAGUCGAAAGUAAUUCAAUAUUGCUUUGUUUUGCUUUACUUCGUCAUGUGAUUGGUCCAGAAAAUUCGCGCCACUUUCUCAACCAGUCAGAUUUCAAACUAAAAAUCAAUCUUGACUUGAUUAGUCGCGUUUUCCCGCGCUUCAGGCAGUUUGCUUUUUUUUUUUAAAUUGAUAUUUCCUUCCUAUGAUUUACAACACUCAAUCUAACCAGCUUUUGACUUGUUUCAACAUUUCAGGUAUAACCAAGUUUGACUUGAUGGGCGAGUUUGGCCGGCUUGACUGGCUUGGUAAUUUUCGUGUGGUCAUCCUAUAUAACCUGGUGUUUGAAGUAUCUACGGCUUUCUGUUUGGUUAACAAGUUUACAGCUUCGGUGAGACACGCUUUGUACGAACAGGUUCACGUUCCAACUGUACAGUUCUUCCGGCGAUUUCAACCCAAAGUGAAAGCGUCGGCUUAAAGGGACGAGGUAUUGUUCUUUCAAAGGCUCAAAGACUGAGUUCGGUGCCAUAAGUAGUUGGAAUCAAGAAGUUUAUUUCCCGCAUGUCAUGUCGAGGUCUGAAUUUAAAGAGGAACGAAACUUUGCCGAUCAUCUGAACGCAGUGACGAAAUUAUCUGAACAUUGAAUUGAAUCGAUAUUAUGCGUGCAUUUACUGAAGUGAAGACUUAAUAAUGGAGCUACCACAGAUGACACGCAACAAGACGAAACUGAGUUGAUAUGAAGGAAUUUGACUUCAUAACGUCGUCGGAACAGAUAUGAAAGAGCAAUUCAAUUGCCGAUGUUGUUGUUUUUAUAGAUAUACCGGUGAUUUUGUGUUCGUGAUCUGGAAUCUACACAGAGUUUAGAAGUACGUUGAACUCUUAAGACUGAUACGGUUUGGUUCAAGAUAUAGAGAAAGCAGUAAAUCUUUCAUUAUUCUUUCUCUUUAGUGAGUAUAGGCAUCACAGAGGAUCACGUAGUCAACCAUUUUGUUUCCUGGAAGAUCCUUCUUGGUUGGAUAAACCAGGCCGAAACAGGACUUGUAAAUGACGAGGAUAUAAGCCUGUGAUUUCAACAGGAAGAUUAGGAAAAAAAUUAAAUUCCUGACCUUUUUUUUUUUUCAACUAGAUUGAAAUAACUUAAAUAAUGGGUCAACUUUGAUGUUAGUCGUUCGUUGAUUUUAUUUAUUUCUUUCUCAUCGUUGUUCCUGCUCAGAACGAAUUUUUGCAGUCUGGGCGUUAGUCAUGCUUACGUUCUGACUUAACUAUACACAAGCCUAGUUAUAGAAUAGAAAUAGGAAAUAUGCAAUUUAACGUAUGUACAGUUGAAUUUUGUUACCGUAAAGUUUCCUAAUAACUUUAUUCUGGUAAUAAACAGAACAAAAAAAAUUUAGAUUUCUGUUUUAGAAUUCCCGAAUUAGAAUAUGCAAUUUAGAACAUAUUAAUUCUACUGAAGAUAGUCGAUGAGCUAUCAGGGAUUUGUUUUCAUAAAUGUACCACAUAACUAAUCGACUAAAGAUGUAUUUUCUUAGAGAGGUUAAUUAGCUUCCCUUUUUGGCCUUAAAAUCUUCGCCAACGGCUCUGCAGGCUGUGAAAAGUACAAGGGAGUUUGAAAAUUAUGGUAAUUAUAAUUCACCAGGGCAGGAGGAGACUUAUCACUCGCGUUUUCCCUUGGCUCAGGCAAUUUGCUUAACGCUCCAUCAGGUAGCGCUGGAGUAUGUUUUCAUAGAAUGGCGAUCAACUGACAAGGUCUUGGGUGAAACUAGUUUUAAUUUGUAAAUCGCGUAGGCACUGUUUGUGUAUCGAAACUAAACGCGAAUCAGUAU